CAUAGAUACUUUAAUAUGCUUUUCACGCCAUCUGGUAGUGGUUAUUUUAGAUUCAUUGUUCUUCUUGUUGCUUCACGCCAUUUCGGUAUAAAAAUCUGUUUGGGAGCGGCUGACGUUUAUGCAGUUUAUCGUUCUGUAUAAACAUAUUUUCAUAUAAUACAGUGUAAUACUUAAAUUGGAAGAUCAAAGAUGGGAGAAGAUUUUAAUGGAGAUCGAGAGAGACAAGAUAGAGAGAAGGACCGUGAUAGGGACAGAGAUCGUGACAGGAGACAUAGAUCACGUAGUAGGGAUCGUAGGAAGAGAUCAAGGUCUCGUUCCAAGGAUCGCAGAGAUCGUAAAAGAAGCAGUUCUCCUAAAAAAAGUCGCAGUUCUAGAAGAAGGAAACCAUCUUUAUAUUGGGAUGUACCACCACCUGGAUUUGAACAUAUUACACCUUUGCAGUAUAAAGCAAUGCAAGCUGCUGGCCAAAUACCUGCAAAUAUCGUAGCGGAUACACCUCAAGCUGCUGUUCCUGUUGUCGGUAGUACGAUCACUCGUCAAGCAAGAAGACUAUAUGUUGGUAAUAUUCCAUUUGGAGUCACAGAAGAAGAAAUGAUGGAAUUCUUCAAUCAACAGAUGCAUCUAUCAGGCCUUGCACAAGCUGCAGGAAAUCCAGUCCUUGCUUGUCAGAUCAAUCUAGAUAAAAACUUUGCUUUCUUGGAGUUUCGUUCAAUAGAUGAAACUACACAAGCCAUGGCCUUUGAUGGAAUCAAUUUUAAAGGACAAAGUUUAAAAAUAAGAAGACCUCAUGAUUACCAACCAAUGCCUGGAAUGACAGAUAAUCCGAGCAUGAACGUGCCAGGUACGGUUCCUGAUUCUCCGCACAAGAUUUUCAUUGGUGGUCUACCGAAUUAUUUGAACGAAGAACAGGUAAAGGAGCUUCUGAUGAGUUUUGGCCAACUGAGAGCUUUCAAUUUAGUAAAGGAUUCAGCGACAGGACUAUCAAAAGGUUAUGCUUUUUGCGAAUAUGUUGAUGUGUCCAUGACGGAUCAAGCAAUUGCUGGAUUAAAUGGUAUGCAGCUAGGAGACAAAAAAUUGAUUGUUCAACGAGCUAGUGUCGGUGCAAAGAAUCCUAUGAUAGGAGCACAAGCUCCUGUACAAAUUCAGGUACCUGGUUUAUCCAUGGUAGGCACAAGUGGACCUGCUACAGAGGUACUUUGCUUACUGAAUAUGGUUACACCAGAAGAAUUAAUGGAAGAAGAGGAAUAUGAAGAUAUUUUAGAAGAUAUCAAAGAAGAAUGUAACAAAUAUGGUGUAGUUCGAUCCGUAGAAAUACCAAGACCUAUCGAAGGUGUUGAUGUUCCAGGAUGUGGAAAAGUAUUCGUUGAAUUUAACAGCGUUAUCGAUUGUCAAAAAGCACAACAGACUUUGACAGGACGCAAAUUCAACAACCGUGUAGUAGUUACAUCAUAUUUUGAUCCCGAUAAAUAUCAUCGUAGAGAAUUUUAGAAAGUAGAUUCUUAUUUCUUACCAAUUAAUGAUUGGCUGUAUUGUAUGAUACAUACAAGUGAAUAAUCUGAUAUGUCUUAAAAGUAAAUAAUAUUUCGCGAGAAUAAUAUUCUCUGUAAUUCCUUUUAAUUAGAAUAUAGAAAUCAUUCAACUAUUUUUGACUGCACAGUGCAUUACAGUAAUAAUUUGCUAUAAUUUACGCUCAUUUCAUGAAAUGAGAUAUUGUAAUUCUUUAAAAAUGCAGUAUAAUUAAUAAUGCGUGGAAUAUUUUAUAGUUUAAAUAAUAUAAUCAAUUGAUAAUCUGAAAAUAAGAAGUAAAUAAUAAUGAUAUUAAAAAACAUUGCUAGCUGCAAUAUAAGAAGUUUAAGUAAUUAUGAUGGACAAAAGAAAUAAAAUAUUGUCACUGUGUUUAUACAGA